AUGCAAAAUAAUGAAAUUCGCUUCAGCAACGAAGACAUCAAUUUGGAAAAUUACGCAGCUUUGCAUCCAGGAUACACAAAAAUAUACAUGAACGCAUCUAAGAACGGUACGCAUACAGAGAUAUCUCUUUCGAAGCAAAAUGGAGAAUUUUUAUAUAUAGUUAGCAAUUACGAUGCCAAGUAUUGUGAAUACUUCAAACAGGCAUGGAUACCUAAUGCAGUGACAUGCGUCGAUGAUCUUAAUGAAAUCAAGCCAAGUAAUCCAAAAAAAAUGAAGCAGUCUACACUAUUUGAUUUUAUGAAAAAGUAA